AGCCCGAUGAACGGAGGGAGCGGGCAGGUUGGUAGGGAACCGACAUAUCUGAGAGGGUGAAGAGGUUCCUGGAGCACACACUGGAGAUGGUCACCCUGGAGACAGACUGCUUGUGAGGAAGAAAAGUGGGUGACCACUCAGAGGGGAUGGAAGACGAGACUGGAGGCAGAUCAUAUAGAUCCAUUGAGGAAGUUAACUUAUAGCACCUCCUCGGGAAGAUAUCUCAAAGACCUUCCCAGGAUUCGUUGUUACGUGUCAUGAGUGUGAGAUCUGUGGGCGCAUACAGCAACGUACUCAGAGAGCGUUGUAUUUCACAGAUUCUUGGGGGAACAGACUUAACAAAACAGAGGAGAAUUGUCAAGCGACCACAAUGAGAUUGGCAGGUGCACUCAAGACUAUCGUGGCUGCUGCACUGCUUCUGAUGGCACUUUAUUUCACUCUGCAAAUGUUAGAAAUCCGAAUAGAUCCAAAUUUAGGAGCGAUAUUUGCCAGAUCAGAAGUGGACGUGCGACCAACAAAACCACCCAGGUAUAAAUGUGGACUCGCAAAGCCUUGUCCUGAGAAGCAUUUUGCAUUCAAAAUGGCAAGUGGAGCAGCAAAUGUUGUCGGACCCAAGAUUUGUAUAGAUGACAAUAUAGUCAUGAGUGGUGUCAAAAACAAUGUGGGUCGAGGCAUCAAUAUAGCCACAGUCAAUGGUAAAACUGGUGAAUUGUUAGCCACUAAGACAUUUGAUCUGUGGAGUGCAGAUAUCCAGCCUUUCAACGAUUUCCUGAAGUCCUUAAAUGAUGGAACCAUUGUGUUUAUGGCUACAUAUGAUGAUAGUGCCACUAAGCUUACGGAUGAAUCCCGGAAGCUUGUGAGUGACCUGGGAAGUACGGCGAUCUUGAGCCUUGGCUUCAGGGACAACUGGAUUUUUGUGGGGGCAAAAGGAAUUAAAUCGAAAAGCCCGUUUGAACAGCACAUUAAGAAUAAUAAAGAUACAAACAAGUAUGAAGGCUGGCCGGAGGUUUUAGAAAUGGAAGGAUGUGUUCCUCAGAAAAAAGAUUAAAUAAUGAACACUGGAAAAUUCGGUAGCUAUUUAACCUUUCCCAACUUUCGUUUUUUUUUGUGUGUGUUUCCAAAUCCCUCUCUGUUCAUCUUUUGGUUUGCGUUCGUUUUGUUGAGAUGAAAGGGAGCCAUGAAAUGGGAAGUAAUCAACGUGGAGGGAAAUGCUCCGUGAGUCUACAAGGAGUUUUUCCUUCGUUUAAAUCGUCCACCGGCCCUUAUUGUUUAUGACGCAUUAGUCCGUACUUGGAAUGGGGAAAACAAGUCUUUCUUAGUAAAGCUCCACUUCUCCACCACUUGUACCCACUUCACAAACUCUUCCAUGCCAAUUGCAAGGCUUCGUUAUCAAAUUGUUUGUAAAUAAGUCGACCGCCUUCUGUUUUUCAUAAAAACAGAAUUAUUGUAGAAUGUUGAACUGUAUUGCAAUUUGCAUCUCUGCAAACAUACCGGAGAUGAUGGAAAAUUAAUUCUUUGAUGCAAAUUGUGACAUUUAGUGUCUUAAACACAAUCUUGGUGAGUUCAGAGCAAGAUGAAAGCUGUUAUCUUGCCACCACCUAUGCACUGAGCCUACACUGUUAAUUAUUAUUAUAUACUUAUACUAUUGCCAUCCUCUCCCCUGAAAGUUUUCAAAUUCUAAUUGUACAUUUCCAUUCAAAAUUAUGGUAUGUCUGAAUGUGCAGUUAACUGACAUUGGUGAUCGACAAGCAACAAUUGGGUUUGUUUCAGGAUCGUUGUCUUGUGAUUUUAAAAAAAUCUUCUCAUCAAUUUGGGGAUCAAAAUGGAUGCUGAUGUUUGAUUUGAUGGCGUCUUCAAACCAAAACAAUCUUCUGUUACUUCCACAGUGGAGCUUGUGCCUUUCAGCAGCUUUUACACAAAGCUUAUCAAUGUUAAACCCAGACGAAGAUGUGAGAAGCUUUGUUCUGAGCAAUAAUGGACUUUUUUUAAAUGAAAUGAUCGCAGACAAGAGUAAUUUGUGGUUUCUGUUGUGUAAAUAAUUCCUUCAUCUCAUCUGUCAUUUUUAUAUAAUAAAUAACUUGUGAACCCUGUGCAGGGAUAAGGAGUGCACUAUGCAUUUUAUUUUGCAAUGGCAUUUUUCAAAUGGAAACGUGGGGCUUUUUUUGCUUCCUUUUAAUUUGAAUUGCGAAAUUAAAUAUCAGCCUGCAGGAAUAGUCCAUCCGCUCAUUUGUUUUUAUGCUUGAUCGAAUCCUCUCCAUUUUGUGAAUAUUUGGGAAAUGUUGUGUUUUGAUACAGCCGUCUUUUUUCUAAUUGAAAGUCCCUAUGCCUUUUCUUUGUUUUUAGCUCAGGCGUUUUGGGCCAUUCAACACAAAGUGUUGCAUAAUGCGAAUUUAUGGUUGAAAUAUGUGUGGGUUUGAAUUCAAUGUACUUAAAGCAUAACACAAAAUUCUAAAUGCAAUCUAUGAUUAUUUCAUGCCACACAAAGAUAAAUGAAUAAAUAAAUAAAGCUAA